CCAGUUAUUCUACCAUUUUGGUCCAAAUGUGCAGCGGGAACGGUUAAACAAAGUGGAUAAAACUAAUCACAUUUUGGUUUUAAUGGAAGAUGCCAACGAACCAACAGACAGUGUUGCGUCAAUGACGCUGCUGCUGCUGCACCCUGACUGUAAGUGACCAUCAUUUAACGUUAGAGUCGUCUUCAGGCUCGUUGCUCAAGGAUUUGCUCCCGUCAUCCUUUCUCUGCAGGCGUUUUUUUUUUUUUUUUUUUUUUUUUGAUGCAGAGAGAGGCGGACCGGGGCCAGACUCGGCUCAUAGGCUUCAUGUGAUCCCGCAGGGGAGGUGGUGUUUGGCCACGAGAAAAGACUCUCCCCGCGUCCGGGCUGCGCCAUUGUCGCUCGGACAGCCUCGGUCGCCGCUUGCUCCGAUUCUGGAUGUUCCCACAGUCCGGACGGUGACGCGCUGCAGCUCCGGCGAUGGGAGGCGCUCAGUCUGCGCAACGGGAGGACAAGGACUCGGCGGCGGAGGAGAGCGGCGGAGCGGAUGAUGCGCAGCACGAGCGCGCGGAGGAUGAGUCUCCUAAAAACAACGGACAGAUCUCUGAGAUCAGUGGAAAAGCAGACGCGACAGUAGCAGGAAUAAAGAGUCCCUGUGAGGAAGAGGUCGGUGCAGACGCUGUUGUUUCCCCAGAUGAAGCUGUUUCAGCGGCAGGAAAGUCUCCUAAAGAAAUUAAUGAACAUGAAUCACCUAAUGAAGUCGAUGCAAAUGAAGGAGUCACCCUGGAAACGAUUGAAAUGGACGCAAAGCACAAUGACAUCAACAAAAGCUUCAGGAGGCUUUUCAGUAAUAUUAACGUGAAAGUGACAGUAAAGAGAGGCUCGGCUGAAAAAGAUGAUGUGGUUGCAGAUGUGUCUGAUGACGCAACUAAGGAAGAGUCAACACGACCAGAAGGACCUGCUGAAACAGCAAAGGAAGAUGCAAGUAAGAAUGCUGAAAUUGAUAUGGCUCCAAAUACAGAACAGGAGCCUCAUGAUCAUGACUCAAAAUGUCCAACCCUGACUGGCAUCAAAUCAGAGGACGUUCAAGAGGAGAAGACUGCGGAAACCAAAGGGGAAGCAACCGAACCUGCACCUGCAGGCGACGAUGAAAGCGGACAACAAACUGCCACGUCUGAAGGAGAGACGGUCGUGUCUCCAGUCAAAAGGAAAAACCUGUUUACUGGAAUCUUUUCUGGACUGCGCAAGAAGAAGAAAUCUGUAGAUGAGACAGCGGAGAAAGAACUGGUAGACAUGCGCCAGGAGGAGGUCACAGAGACAACAGAAGGUAAAGAGGUCGGUCCAAGCGCUGAGACAGAUGCCGUUCAGACGCAACAGAAAGAAAACGGACUAAAAGACGAGGUCUUGUCUGCAGCACCAGCUCCAGUGGAUGAAGGCAAAUCGCCUUCUACAGAACCAGCGAUUAUUGUGAAUGAGCUUGACAUUAUCAGCUCUCAAGAGAAGGAUAAAGUUCAAGCCAGCCCACUUAAAAAGCUCCUGUCAGGUUCUAGCUUCAAGAAACCAUUCAAAAAACAGGGAGAACGGAAAUCAAGUGAUGCAAAGCUGUCUGACUCCGGAGAGUAUGUCUCGAAUCAGCUCCCGCCAUCGACUGACGCAGCUGAAACUCAGAAAGCAGAAAGUCCUGCAGGAGAAGAAGAUGGCGCGUGGGCGUCUUUCAAGAAACUCAUGACUCCUAAAAAGCGCAUGAAGAGGUCGUCCUUAACUAAUGAAGAGACACAAACGUCAGGUUUAGCGCAGGAAUCAAAGUCUAGUGAAGGCGAGCAGAUGUCAGACAACAGCACAGAGGAAAACAGGAAGAGAAAGGAUUCGUCUGUUUCAUGGGAGGCUGUGUUGUGCGGGUCUGGACGAAGAAGAAGCCGAAGUCGAAGCCGAAAGACAUCAGACUCCGAAGACGAAAAGCCACAGGAAGAGAGUGACAACAGGAAGAAAGAAUCACCAGUAGAAAGCUCGAUUGAGAUGGAUAAAAGUCCAACCGCUCCUUCCAAACAUGAAGGAAGUGCUUCAGAGAGUGAUGGUGGCUCAACAUGGAGAUCAAUUAAAAAACUAGUCACUCCCAAGAGGAAGGCCAGGGAUGAGGACCUCCAGUCUGAUGGUGAAGCUGCUCAAGAGGAUUCAUCCUUUUCAUUAAAGAAGCUUCUACCAGGACAAAAGAAGAGGAGGCCUGCUGAAAAGCAGGACUAUGUGUCUUCAGAUGAGGCUGAUAAGGAGGUUGCUUCAUGUGACGAAGACUCAGAGACACCAGCUGUGGUCCCAUUGUCUGAGUUUGAUGAAGAUGACACAGGUGUUCAUCUAGAAACAUAUGCAGACAUAGAAAGCCACAUAUCAAUGGAAGCAGACUUUAAACCCCAGGAGGACAUUGACAAGACGACUGAACCAGGAGAGAGUCUUCAAAGUGAAGCAAAGCCGGUCCAAGACAAUGAGGAUGCUUUCGAAAAUAAUGCACCUGCAGCCCCUGCAGCUUUAGAGGAAGAAACAGAUGAGGUGACAGAUCUAAUCAGCAAACAUCAGCAACUCAGCGAUAUUCCAGAGGAGGGCAUAAUUACCGAGACCAUGGUCACCCCAGGUUCAGUCCCCGAACAGCCAGCCAGAGACGACACCAUAGCAGAGGAUCUGAUAGAGAUCACAUCUGAGGCCAUUACGGCACCAGAGCCCGUGGAUGUCACAAUGGCAGAUGACACAGAAAUGAUCUCAGCACUUUCCCAAUUAUCGGAUUCUUCAAAAACAUCUGGAAACACGACGCCAGUCCCAGUCGAGUACGACGUGAAAGACACGGAGGUGCUCCUGCAGCAGGUUGCUGAAAACAUCUCUGCGAGCACAAAGGCAGACCCACUGUGCUCGGACGAGGUCAGCUCAGAGAGAAUAGUCGCUUCCGUUUCAUGCCAGAUACUAGAAGGCUUUGUAAAGCAGCAGCCAACCAUGCUGGAGAUACACAGGAGGUCAGACGCAACCGCCUUCAAGACUGGGCUGAACGUGGAAGUACUGGAUGAAAUUAAGAAACACGCAGCAACGGCGCAAACAGAGAGCAUAGCCGAGGUCAACGAAGUGGUUUACACUGAGAUCGUGUCUGAAGUUCCCACCAAGCUCGACGCCGCGGAAAGCGCGGUGGAUGACAUACAUGAGGUCAGUGUCACACAAACAGAAGAAAGCAUCGAGCUAGAAAGUGCAAGAGCCAACAAGAGCCAAGAGCUGAUGAAACACCAAGCUGAAUACGAAGCAUCCGCAGAGAAUCUGUCCGAAGGACAAGAGACCGUUGAAUGUUGUAUCGUUGAAGCGCAUCAAGCUGAAACAGAGACCUUGCAAACAGAGAUUUUAGAUGGUGCUGUCACGCAGGAAGUCCAAACUUUGUUAGAAGCCCAAACUUUGUUAGAAGCCCAAGGUGAAAUUGUGCAGAAACUGACUGCUCAGCUUGAAGCUGGUCAUCAAGAGCAAUCAAGUGUAGAAGUGGUAGAAGAACUGCAAGAGUUAGCAGCUGCUGAAAAAGACACGGGUGGUUCAGAGGAAGAUAUUGUUGAACCACCUGAAAACACAGCAGCAGAGGAGAUUCCAGCUGUGGACGAAGUGACGGUUGAAGAAGAUGUUGAACUGGAAAAGGAAGAUGAAGAUAAGGCUCCUGCUGCAUUGGAUUCAGACCACAGUGGAAUCCAAAAAUGUGAAAAACAAGUAGCAUUACCAGAAAAUGCUCCAGUUACAGAUGAACCUGAGCCUGUUCCUGAAGUCCACCCUGAACCAGAAAAGGAAGAUAAAAUACGGACAGAUGCUGUGAAAACGGAACACGAUCAAGUCUUUGCUGCGCAUGAAGCUACACUAGAUACGGAAACACUUGGAAGGGAAGAACAAACAUCACACAGCGUUCAACCAGAGGAGGCUGUUACAGAUCAAUGCAAAGAGCCUCUCCCUGAGACUGAGUCAGAAAUGAAAGAACAGGCAGAUUCUUCAAAAGCAGAAGAUGACCAAGAACCUGAAGUACACAAUGUACAAGGCCCUGUAGCAGAUCCACAGAUAAGAAGUAUUCAAAUAACCGAAAAAGAAGAAGUAUUAUCAGUGGAGAUUAAAGCAGAAAUAGAAGUUACAGAUGAACCCAAAAGUCAUCCGGAGUCUCUCCUUGAAUUAAACGCAAAUCUAGAAAUGAAAAAUGAACUACAAGCAGAGUGUGAACAUGGUACAGCACCAGAGGUAUUAGAUGGACAAACUAACAUCAGGGAUUCUGAGAAAGACAACAUUCAAACCCUAAAAAAGAAAGUGGUGCUUUCAGAGGACACUGCUUCAGCAGAAACUGUUAGUGAAGAACAAGAAGACCAACCUGAGUCUCUAAAAAAGGAAUAUGGACAAGAAAUACUACAAAAACAAGCAUCUGCACUACCAUCACAGACAAGCACUACUCACGUUCCUGAAAAAGAAGUGACAUUAUCCAAAAAGAUGAAAGCAGAAGAGGCAGAGACAGAUGAGCCCAGAGAAGAAAGAGAACCUGUCAUUGAAGCUCAUGUCAACACGGAAGAGAAAAAUAAGCUACAAGCAGAUGCUGUCAAAUCUGAUCAUGUGCAAGAUCCAGAUGUUUUAGAUGUGAAAGAGACGGUUUUGGUUUCAGAGUGUAGCAUUCAAACACCUGGGGGUAAAGUGCCGUUAUCAGAGGACGUUCCACCAGGAGACACGGUUACGGAAGAACCCCAAGAGGAACCUGUUACUGAAAUAAAUAUGGAGCUAGAACAAAAAGAACUACAAGCAGAUGCUGCCAAACCUGAUCAUGAGCAAGAUACAGAUGUUUCAGAUAUAAAAGAAACAGCACAUGUUUCAGAGGGUAGCAUUCAAACACCUGGGGGUGAAACACUAUCAGAAGACAUUGAACCAGAAGAGGGAGGCACAGAUGACCCUCACACUGAAGUCAACGCUGAGCCAGAAAACAAAUAUCAACUUGAAGCAGAGGACGUUCCACCAGGAAAGACAGUUAUAGAUGAACCCAAGGAGAAAUCUGAGCUGGUCACCGAAAUCACUGUGGAGCUAGAAAGCAAGGAACUACAAGCUGAUGCUGUCAAACCUGAUCAUGAGCAAGAUCCAGAUGUUACAGAUGUAAAAGAAACAGCACUGGUUUCAGAGGGUAGCAUUCAAACACCUGGGGGUAAAGUACUGUUAUCAGAGGACAUUCCACCAGGAGAGACAGUUACAGAAGAAUCCAAAGAGGAACCCAUUACUGAAAUAAAUGUGGAACUAGAACAAACAGAACUACAAGCAGAUACUGCUAAAACUGUUCAAGUUUUAGAAAUAAUCAGAGGUGAAGAUGAAACUGAAGAAGAAACUAUAAUAAUAGAUGAACAUAUAGGUACUAUUCAGAUUAGUGAAAAUGAAGUACCCUUAUCAGAGGACAUUAAUCCAGAUGGAAGGGUCAAAGACGACCCUCAGUCUAAAGCCAAUGCUGAACCAGAAAAUGAAUAUGACUUUCAGGAGGAUCUUCUACGAGGAGAGUCAGAUGAACCCAAAGAGGAAUCUGAGUUCAUCACUGAAAUCAAUAUGGAGACAGAACUACAAACAGAUGCUGCCAAACUUGAACAAGUAUCGGAAAUUUUAAGAGGUAAAGAAGAAACUGUAAUAGAUGAACAGAUAGAUACUACUCAGAUUAGUGAAAGGGAUUUACCCUUCUCAGAGGAAGUUCCACCAGCAGAGACGUUUAUGGAUGAACCCCAAGCGGAUUCUGGCACUGAAAUCAAUAUAGAACUAGAACAGAAAGAAGUACAAGCCGAUGCUGCCAAACCUGAACAAGUAGCAGUAUCAGAACAAAUAUUCAGAGCUGAAGUAUCAGAGGACAAGACAGUUAGAGACGGCCCAAGAGGGGAAUCAGUCACUGAAAUAAAUAUGGAGCUAGAAAAGAAAGAACUACAAGUAGAUGCUGUCAAAUCUGAUCAUGAGGAAGAUCCAGAUGUUCUAGUAAGAACAGCACUGGUUUCAGAGUGCAGCAUUCAAACAGCUGGGUGUAAAGUACCAUCAUCAGAGCUCAUUGAACCAGAAGAUGGAGGCACAGAUGACACUCACCCCAAAGCCAACAUUGAGCCAGAAAGUUAUUCUAAACUUCAAGUGGAGGACGUUUCACCAGGAGAGACAGUUACAGAAGAACCCAAAAGGGAAUCUGAGACUGUCAAUGAAAUCAGUAUAGAGCUAGAAAGGAAAGAACUACAAGCAGAUGCUGUCAAACCCAAUGAGCAAGAUCCAGAUGUUGUAGAUGUAAAAGAAACAGCACUGGUUUCAGAGGGUAGCAUUCAAACACCUGGGGGUAAAGUACCGUUAUCAGAGGAUGUUCCACCAGGAGAGACAGUUACAGAAGAACCACAACCCGUUACUGGAUUAAAUGUGGAGAUACAACAAAAAGAACUACAAGCAGAUGCUGCCAAACCUGAACACACUGAAGAUUCUGAAGCAUUGGCAACACAAGGAGCUGCAUUAGACUCAGGCAUCAGUGGUAUUGAAAUACCUGAAAAUGAACCGCAAUUACAGAAGACUCCACCUGCAGGAACAGGUACAGAUCAACAUGUUGAGGCAGAAAAAGAAAAGGAGCUACAAGUUACAAAUGUUGCUGAACCAGAAUCAGCUGUUACAGAUGAGUCCAGAGAAGAAACAGAGCCUGUUAGCGAAGUUCACAAUGAGUCUAAAGAGAAAGAUCAACUACACGCAGAUGCUGUCAAUACUGAACUCGGGCAAGCAAUAGAAACAGCAGAAGACAACACCAGCGUGGUAGUAUCACACACAGGGAGUGUUCAUAUUCCUGAAAAGGAAGCAGCAUUAUCAGAGUCCAGAGAUGAAGGAGACCCUGUUUCUCAACUUUAUGUUGAGUCAGAAGAAAAGGUUGAACUAAAAGCAUCAGAAAUAAAAGAACAAACCAGUGCACCAGUGUCACACGUGGGCAGCGUUCAAAUGCCAACAUCAUCAGAGGACUUUAAACCAGAAGAGGCAGUUACAGAUGAGCUCAAAGAGGAAUCAGAGUCUGCCACGGAGAUUCACACUGAGCCAGAAAAGGAAAAUGAACUACAUGAAGAUCAGCAAGAUGCCAAAGUGUUAGUUGAACAAAAACCUGCUUCAGAGAUGAUAAACAUUCAAACACCUGAGAGCAAAUUAUUAGGUGACAGUCAACCAACAGAAGCAGUGUCCACAGACAGAACUGAGCAUCUCACUGUAAGCACAGUCGGUACAAAGGGUGAAGUCAGAAAGCCGCUGGUGGAGGAUGACCAACAUACACCUGCAGUGGAGACCGCUCAAGUACCAACAUUAGAUGGAGAUGAAAUAAGUUCCAUAUCUGAGGCCACAGCAGAAUCACAAACACCUGCAGACAAACCCAAAAAAGAAACAGAACCCCUCACUGACGUUAACGUCGAGGCGCAAGUAGCACAAUUAGUUUUACAGGAGGGCAGUGGUAGUGGUGAAUCAGAAGACACAAGUGGAGCAGUCACAGGUCAACCAACACAAGGAACUGAAGGCAACACGGAGGUCGAGGUACAACCAGGAGGAGGUGUCAAAACUGAACACGUUCAAGUAUUAUUAUGUGAUGUGAAAGAUGUCGUCACUGAAACAGAAACAUCUGCAUCUGGGUGCAUCAAAGAAACUGCUGAGUGCGUUACUGCUCAAGAAACUGAAGAGCAACUAAUGCUGGACGACCUUAACAGUGCAGGUGUGGACGAGGCCCUUGCUUCAGCUAAAGAUGAACCUGAGGAGGGAGCUGGAGACGUGAACCAGGAUGGAGAGAGAACGGAUCAGACACCAGAGAUUUCCCCACAGGGUGUUCAGCUUGAGGAGGAACACGGCGUCCCCGAAGUCGUGGGCCGUUUCCAAACAUUAUCAGCAGUUCAUGUGUCUUCUGUCGCAGAGGAAAAGAACAGAGCACACGUCCUACAAAAGACAGUGGCUCCUGAGAAGAACCCAGCGCCUCUGGAUAAAGCCACAGACACGUAUGAGCCUGAACACGAGGUGCACCUCAGCGAGGUCCGAGGCCUCGUGGAGCGAGAACAUGAAGGAGAACUUCCGGGUCUCGAGACAAAGGCUUCUACCGUCGAGCACGCGGUAGUGGCACAAGUGACCACGUGUCACGUGAAGGAGGUCUCACCUGCGCUGCCAGAGGUUCUGACAGAGGAGCCGGCCGACGUGCGCGAACCAUCCGUAGAGAUGGUUGUGGGCGAGCUGGAUUUGAAAACGGAGGCGGAGAACGCCAAGCCGUUGGUGCCAGAUGACGAGAGCGGGACCGCAGCAGAAGGUAGUGUGGUUGUGACGAUGCACGUGUCGUCAGCGGAGUUUGGGGACAAGCACAGAAUUCGAGUGCAGGUGGCCGACGUGGAGGUGAAGUCAGCUGCAAUGAGCGUGGACUCGGCGCUUGAGGUGGGAGUCACAGAAGCCAAAGAAGCCGUAGACGUUUGUCAUGAAAGCAUUGAAGUCACCGAGAAGCUCUCGGCCACUGAGACCGAGGAGGAGCCCAUGAAAGGACAACACAAGGCAAUGCAUCACCAAGUGAUUCAGCAUGUGAAGGAAAGCGUACCAGAGAUAGAGGUGGAUCAAACCAGGGGUCAGGAUGAAGCCGUCAACUUGGAGCAUAAGCAGGAAGAUGGGACCGAAAUGAGUGAGAUGGCUGAAAGUAAGUCCCAUGAAGUCGAUCAACCAACUGUCGGAAUAAAUGAAGCUAGCGUCACAGCUGAAGAGGUCAAAUCGCCAUCAGAGGGGUUAGAAACAAGAAGAAUGAACCAAGAAGCACAAAAUAAACAAAGUUUGACGAGUCAGAUUGUGACUGUUAGCAACACUGGAUUAGAGGUCCCACAAAACACUGGAGUCAUCUCAUCAAUGGGCAACUUAGAGUCACCUUCAAGUCUUUCCUUAGAAUUCAAACUUAACAUUCAGUUCGGGCAAUCGAAGACAACAGCAACAGAGAGAACGGAAGCGGUGAAACAAUCAAGCGUAUCAGAGGUCGGGAUUCAGGCAGUAGAACCGAUUGACGGAGCACACGAGAACAAUAAAAAGCCAGAGAUGCACGACGUCACUGUCCAGGCAACAGAAAUCACCGAGCCAGAACACGUGAACCCGAGUGCGACAGAGAGAGCGGUGAUCACGAAGUGCCCUGUACUACUGGACAUCGGCAUCCAGUCGGUGGCAGCAGCACAGCCGGUAGAACAAGUGAAGUCAGGAGAAAGACUGAAGCCCAGUGAGCUGGAGUCAGACAAGAUCAAAGCAGUGAUGCAAGCCAAGACGUUCCUGAGUCAGCCUGUACUCUAUGAAGCCUGUUACGAAGAGAUCACAGUAGAAGAACCCGUUAAACAGAUAGAGGACGAGAACGAGCAGGACCUGUGGGUGGACGCUGAGGAACACGUACAAACUCAGGAGGACUCGCACGAGGGGGAACCAGUAGCAGAGCACACAGGAAGUGACCAAGAGGAAAAGGCAGAAUCUGGGCAUGAAACAGAGAACGAGGCUGAGGAGUUCGCUGUCGCACUGGAGCAUCCAGAAGCAGCAAAGACGGCUCCCACUGACUGAGACCGAUUCAGCUCAGCUUCAGCCUCACCAGCUAACAGGAAGUGGCUCAACGCGGUUAGAAGCUCCUGGAAGAGGACGGACGCCUGUGGCAGAGGAACUUUGCUGCUUUGACACAUUUAACCAAAAAUAUUCUAACAUUUAAUGUCAACACUUAAAAUAUAUUACUAACAUUUCAUUUGUUCGAGGGAUCUAGGUGGAGCAGCGUACGCUGGACAGGUGUUAAACUUCUCAGGGGGGUGUGCAGUGUGAUUUUAAAGGUAGAACACUGAACUUCAUCCACUAUGCAGCGGCAUCGUUCAAUAAACCUCAGCCAUUAACUAUGUAGUGCAAUUACCAUUUCAUUACCAAGUCAUAUUAUAGGCGACAAUCUUUUUGACAGUGUGCAGAACUUGACAUUAAGACAGUAUUUUUGUCAAAAUAAUGACAUUUUUAAAAGAUAAUUAAUGAUGGAAGUGACACAGGUCCAGCACACGUUCUUUUCUGCUGAUAUAUGACCUAAAUAUAGAGACCAGCGCCUGUUUAAUCAAGUUAAUUACAUGUGUGAUUUCUCAUAGGAUCUAUGCAUGUGAGAGCAAUAUGAAGGCCUUAGCGUUGGAGAAACAGCAGUAUUAUUGUAAAGUGCAUUAAAUGUAGUCAUGCUUAACAAGCCACAAGCUGCUUAUUUUAAAUGACCGGUUUCUAGGCAUGAGACAUUCUCCUUCAUUUACAUAUUUAUCCUAUAUCAGCAAUGCAAAUGUAAUCAGCACAGCGUUACACAACCACAGCAGCUUGUAUGUUGCAGCUUGUUGUAUAGACUUUAAAGCAUAAGUGCACGCCCAGUAUUUAACAGGUUAUGGGUUAGAGAGAAAGCAGGGUUACAACAGGCUGCUGUGUCCAAGCGUAGAUUUUGGAUUUAUUUCCACAUAUUCUGACUUUUAUGGAAAAUUUUUGCUGAUCUUCUACGUGAUGUUAACUAAUGCCUCAAUGGAAAAAAAUAAACCUGAGUUAACUAUGUUUAUACAGUCACAUUUUAUUAAUAAAAUCCUUUGAUUACAUUUAUAAAA